GAUCAGUGAUUCUGACGUUGUGUUGACUAUCAGUGAACUUGUAACAAUUAUGGUCACCUGAAUAGAAUUAUGCAGUUUCCACUCGUCCACACAUAACGCGGUUUCCUAGUUGACUGACCAAACAAUUCAUAUAUAUUCCUAAUAUUGUGUGCAGAACCAUCGCCUUGGAUCAUCCUUACUAAUGCUUACAAAGCAUACCUUUGAGACAAGGAACAUGAAGGUUCUUGAGGACCUCAUUGCCCCGGCAUUCUUCGCGGAUCUUGUGAGCCGGCUCAUCGCCUUCCUGAUCAGCCGAUACAGCAACCGAGCAUGCUUCGAGGAGACAGCCAUCAAGCUCGAGCUGCUCGUGCUCAAGAUCCAUGCUGUCAUCCAAGAGGCUGAGCAUCGUCAUAUCGCAGGUAACCAGAGUCUUCUCCUGUGGCUCAAGAAGCUCAUUAAAGGGAUGUACCAAGCAUAUUAUGUGCUUGAUAAUGCAAGGCACCCCCAAGAUGAUCAGUACAUAAAUUCAGUUGUGACCAGUGGCCGGUCAGUUUCCUUGUCUCGUUUCUGCUGCCCUGCCAAGCGACCCCGUACGGUCGCGAUGGAUUUCCAAGUCAACAACAAUGGUAGCAUCCAUCAGCUAAGUUCCACCCUGGCGUUCUUAGAAGAUUAUUCUGCAAACUUGAGGGAUCUCAUUCUGCUUCUGGCAUGCUGCCCUCCAUUACCAAUUAGGCAGCCUGUCAGUGACUUUCUGUCUGAUGAGAGAAACAUGUUUGGCAGGCUAGUAGAGAGGGAGCAGAUCAUCAGCUUCCUGAUGCAGCCUGGGAACCAUCUUGGUGUACUCCCUAUAGUUGGUGGUCCAGAGGUUGGAAAGGGCACCAUCAUCAAGCAUGUUUGCAACGAUGACAGAGUGCGCAAUCGCUUCGACAUGAUCCUGUACUCCUAUGGAUCAAUUCUUCAGAUAAAUCCUGCUGAUGAUGUGUUGGAAACACUAACAAGUCAUGGCCACAUUCUUCACCAGGCCGAUGUUUCAACCUCUUCACUGCACAGGAAGCAUCUCAUUGUGAUAAAAAACACAUAUGAAGUAGUGAUUGACAAGGUAGCAUGGGCUACACUCUGUGCUUCUCUAAGAUCAAUUGGAAAUGGAAGCAAGAUCAUAAUAGUCAGCGAGAAUGACAACAUCAAAGAUCUUGGUACGACGGGAGCGAUGCGGAUCGAUCCAUUACUCCAAGAGGAAUACUGGUACUUCUUCAGGUCACUUGCCUUUGGUUCAGGUUCUAGCAUUCUAGAGGAGCAUGCAGGGCUCGCUGUGGUUGGCAGACAAAUUGCAGCAGAACUUCAUGGCUCAUUGUUUGGAGCCAAGGUACUCGGUAGGUUUCUAAGGGCAAACCUUGAUGAACAGUUUUCGCACACUAUGCUUAACACCGUGUACAGAUUCCAUGAAGUGAUGCAACGUGACAAGUAUUUCACCAAGCUCAGCAUCGCUCGUGUGGCUCUGAAGGUGCUUCCAAUGCCUCUUAGGCUAAAGAGUGCUUCUCAGACCGGCGAGGCUUCAGAGAUGCCUGGCACUAUGGUUCAAGAACUAGUUGCCGGCAGCGUUCUUCCUGUAGAGAAAGAGAUGGAGGUUGUGCUGUGGGAGUCUGCCUACCAGCCGAGUUACCGCUACACCGUUGUUUGUGAGAGAGUUGAGAAGCCUCGUUGCAGUGCAACCAAACGAAUGAAGCAGAAGUAAAUGAUCAAUAGUGAUUCCCUUUGGUCAUGAAAACAAGUUAUUUUCAACAUUUCUCCGGUCAAACUUUCAAGUUUGAAUAUCAUACUUGUUAAAUUUAUAGACUUGAUGUAUGAAUGAAAAUUAUUGUUGGUAUUUAUUACGGUCAUA